AUGAAGACAGCCACAGUCUUGUUUCUGGUGGCGUUGAUCAGUGUGGAGAUGAACAUUUCCUGUGCUCUCUCUUCAACCAAAAAAUUACUCAAACCUGGACUAUGUCCCAAGACUUCCCCAGGAUCUGGAGGCCUUUGUAUUGACCAAUGCUUAGUAGAUAGAUCGUGCCCUGGCAAAAUGAAAUGCUGUAGAAAUGGCUGUGCUAAUGUCUGCAAAGUUCCUGUCUUUAAAAGUCAGAGACUGGAGAGUAGUCUGAGAGAAGCUGGCAUAGAUCAGGGCAGCUGCCCUAGUCUGCAGAUGUGCCUUGCAUUUGGGACUUGUGUGAGCACUUGCUCAGAGAUAAACCAUGGAUAUUUAGAUGAAAGAGGUGUGGAUGUCAUUAGAGAUUUUAUGCCUUCUUCUAAGGAGUAA